AUGACAUCCAAAGCAGACGAACUUCUACAAGACCUGGGCGAAGAAGAAUUAGACUUAGAUGCAUAUGAUCCGGACAUGGUUGACGAUAUCCUCAAUGAGGAAGAAGAAGAAAUGCCUGAAGUUCUUAAGGUUGAUCCUCUUAAAUUUAUUCAACUACCCCGAUCCUCUUUUUCUCAGCGUACAAUGUCAGGCUCCAUCGAAGACUCUUACGAUGAAAAACUUCAGCUUGAAUCUUUGCUUCAAAAUGACCCAAUUGAGCCUAUUCAACAAAACAUAGAAGUUGUAGAUCCAUUAGACCUCAUUCACAAAAAAGAACUGGAAGAUGCAAUUACUACAGAUAAGACGUUUUCAAAGACUUUGGAUUUAAAAAGACAAUAUACCAAAAGCAAGCUCCCUGUGAUAAGGUUUGAUGAAAUUAAUGAAAUUUCAGGGAAAUUGAUAUCUGCUGCAGGGUAUAUGGUGGUUUAUAAAGAAUGGAGUAAUAGGAAAUUUUAUAUAUAAAAAGGGAGAGUUUUUGGAAAUUAGGAUAAUCCUGGCUUGCCAACUUCGUUGGCAGCUUCUAGGAGCUAUAUUGUGAUAGGUACUUCUUAUGGGAAUAUGAUGUCUUUUAAUCAUGAAGGAACUGAGCUGAAACCAAUGAAAACCAAAAGCAAAGCCUUUGGGAGUGUUACCUGUAUUGAUAUUUCCCCAAAUGAACAAUGGGUCAUCUCAGGAUACCAGCUAGGACAAGUCGCUCUAUGGGACCCCAUCACUGGUAACUGCAUUAAAGCUUCAAAUACAGUCCACAGCUCUGCAGUCCUCUCCAUCAAGUUUUGGCACCCACACAAAUGCUGUGUGAUCUCUUCUGACGCAAAUGGAAAAGUUAUGCUGUCAGAGUAUGCGGUUUCCUUUAUGUCUAUCACCCUCAAUACAAAAAUCCUAAUUUCUGGAAAUAACGGUAUUUGUAUUUCGCUUGAGCCUUUAUUUCCUUAUGAAAAAUGGCCACAUCCUUGUGACUCUGCAUUAAUGACUGCAAUCGGGAGCACAGAAAGUGUGCAGAUUUAUUCCCUUGAGCCUGAGCUAAAAUGCCUUUUUGAGUACUCCAAGCCUAAUAAUGUCCAAUUAGGAGUUUUCCCUUGCCUUACCUGAAAACUAGCCCAAGCUCCUGAUGACAGCCAGCCUAUAGACCCAAUACUAGCCCUAGGCUGAGACAAAAGAGUCACAUUAUUUAGGUUCAAAUUUGCAGCUAGAGAAGGUGUACACAUAGCUGGCUACUUAGACAUAGAAAAUGAAAUAAAAAGCUUACUAUGGCUAAGCACAGAUAUUUUGUCUAUUAUGGACUUAAGCAGAGAAUUACGAGUAGUUACCUCAAAAGGCUUCAUGAAAAAGCCAAACGAUGAUGCAAAUAAUGCAAUUUUGGACAUUACCUGGGCUAAUCGAGAUAUUGCGACACAGUCCUUAAUUAAAGAUGAGGCUGGAAAAGAAAAAACGACGUUUUAUAACUCAGUUAAAGCUUAUGAGAGGGUUAUUUAUUUAUUAGGGUUUAAGCAGUUUCAUAAAGGAAGACUGUUAAAUUGAAAAGAAUGUGUAGAUACGCUGAUUGAAAAAGGAGAAUGGCUAGAGGUGCUGUCACUAGGGAUGAAUCUGUAUCAGAAGAAAGGACAAAAAUUGUAUGGUGUGCCAGAAAGGAAAGAUGACCUUAGAGAAGUCCUUGAAGCAGUCAUUUUGGAUUAUGUAAAGUUUGGGAAAUUGGCUUGGCAUGCUAAAAUUUCUCAUGCAAUCGAAUUUUGUAUAGGAAUAGAGUCCCUUGAGCUUCUUUUUAAUGAACUUUAUGACUAUUUUAUCGACGUUGGGUCUGGAACCGAAAAUCUUGGAUAUUUUAUGGACACAUUAGAGCCGUUUAUUUUGAAUGGCGAAAUAAAAGGAAUCCCCAACACAAUCUUAGGUAAAAUAGUAGCUUAUUAUUUAAACAUACACAGACCUGACAUCAUAGAAAGGCUAAUUCUUCAUUUAGACCCUACAUGUCUUGACCCAAAGCAGCUUAUUCCUGUAUGCGAAGAAUAUAACCUACUAACUGGCUAUAUUUUUAUAAAUACCAACUCAGUUUUACAGUCCUAUGUAAACCCACUUAAAAGAAUUUACAAAGCAUUAACAAAACAAGAAGACCCAAAAUCCAGGAGAUAUUUUGCUUAUAAACUUAUGUGGUAUUAUCGACUAUGUAUUAAAGGAGAGACGUUUCCAUCAGGAAGAAUCCAUCCAGACCUUAUGCAAAAGGUAAUAAAUAGCAUUGUAGAAUGGCUUCUUAAAAGAAAACAUUUAGCGACUUUGCUUGAUAUUGAUUCCUCAGCGAUUUUAAAGCUAAUUUGGCUACUUUUUGAAGAGAGGCUGCCAUAUCAAAUUUUGCAGGCUAAUAAAGAUGAGGAAUCAAAGCCGACACAUAAAAAAAUACUGGAUAAAUUAGAACAAAAUUGUAAGCCAGAAACAUAUGCUUUUCAUCAGUUUACCGUUUUUAUUGCAAAAGCUUCAUCUGUGAACCAAGAAAUAAUAUCAAAAGCUAUAUGUUUGAAAACAGCUAAAUAUUUGAUGGAGCCGACACAGCUGAGAUUGAAUAAUUUUAGCUUUGCUGGAGGGUCAACAAUUGAGUCAUUUUUAGCUCACAAUCCAUUUGAUGGUUUUAGUCAUUCUAUAAUUUUUUUUGGGAGAAUAUUUUCGAAAAAAUAUAUUCAAAUAUUUUCAUGGAAAAAUAAUCAAUAAUUAAUAUUUUCUAAGAAAAUACUUACAAGUCACGAGGAAUUUUUCAUAGCCGCUUCAUUUGAUGGGACAGAGUUUUCUACAACUUUUGACUUGUCAAUUGAAGAAAAAGGCCAAUUGAUACUAAAAAUGCUAAAAAAUUGCAAAGACCUAUCUGAAGGAGAAAUCAAUGAGCUUUUCAAAAUAUCCUCAAAAUCUCCUUAUACAGAAGUCCUUGUAUAUUUAUUAGAGCUUAAAAAAGAUUACACAGGCUGUGUUAACUCUUUUGUAAGGGCUGAAAACGUUGAAAUUAAAAAGAAAAUUUUCGCUUGGCUUGAUGAAAUUUUCGAAAAAUUAAGCUCGACCGAAUUUGAGACCAUAAAAGCUAUGGUAAUGGAUUACCUAAAUUUAUUAGUCGAUAUAGACAGUGAUAGGACUGCAAAAAUCGUCAGAGAUUGGUUCCAUAACGAGCAUAGCAGCAUUAUCGACAAACUCGACAACGCUCCACAACUCCAAAUGAAAUAUCUUGGAGAAUUAAUAAAAAAUUCCUCAUCAGAUAUCGACGAAAACUUGAUUUUACGAUAUAUUCGGCUUUUAUGCAUCAAUUCUCCAGGGCAAGUUUUAGAUUUUUUAAAAAGCCGAGACGACUAUAGCUUAGACGAAUGUUUAGAAAUCUGCAAAAAAUACCAAAUUAAUAACGCGACUGCCUAUAUUUAUGAAAGACUUGGAUCUAUAAAAGACGCACUGGAUUUAAUGCUAGAUAUUAUAACAAUAAAAAGAUCUGACCUAUUUGGAAGAAUUUUGAGCAGGUCGCCGAUUUCGAAUACUCUUAUUAAUGAGCUAAAGCCAGAAAUAAGUAAUGCAGUAUCACUUUGUAUUAGGAGCGCAGAUGACCAAAGUGAAAACGAAGAACAUUGGUUUCAGCUUUUAACUGGUGUAUUGACAACUUAUAAGCAAUUUUCCCCAUAUUUUACUAAUUAUCUCAGUCUAGAGCCAAUGGUCCAAUGGUGUAUUAAACAAGUUUUGGAAAGUAUGAUGGACAAUGUCGAUUUUAAUAAAAUAAUUUCACAUAUAGUCAACAAUUUCGGGGAUAUUCCAUUCAGGUAUUUCAAAGAAAACAUAGUCAGCAUUCUUUCACAAUAUUCGUAUCAGAAAAACAUUGUAAGAAAAGCUAUUGAUUUACUGCAUGCAGAUUUGAAAAAUACGACACAAGAGAUGCUGGUAUUGAGAAAUAAAGGGGUUAGUUCAAAAGAGUUUAAAUGCUCGUUUUGUCAGUUAACUAUUGAUUCAGAUAGCAUGCUAAAAGGACAUGACGACAAAAUGUUCAUUUUUAUAUGUGGACACUCGUACCAUGGAAGAUGCGCAAAAGAAAAAAUAUGUAAGGCUUGUGAAAAAGAUAAUAUAAGAAAAGGGAAUUUCAUGCUGGCGUCAAGGUCACACAAAGAAAGAAAAGGGAAAUAA